UAAAAUAAUCCAUCGGGUGCGGCAAUCUUCUUCAAUUACUUUUAUCUUGGGGACCAAGUGCCGUCACUGUGAGAAAUAACGGUCAACAUGGCGGCUACGAUCACAGGCGGAGGAAUUGGACUAUGGCUAUCAUCUUCUUCUACCUCACAAAGACGAAAUCCUCCAUGGAGAUCGUUUCGUUGCGGUGUGAAAAUGGCACUCUCCGUUGACGAGAAGAACACUUACACUCUAAAGAAAUCUGAAGAAGCUUUCGCUCUCGCCAAGGAGAUGAUGCCCGGAGGUGUAAAUUCACCUGUACGGGCUUUUAACUCCGUUGGUGGACAACCUAUAGUGAUGGAUUCUGUUAAGGGCUCUCAUAUGUGGGACAUUGACGGCAAUGAGUAUAUCGACUAUGUGGGUUCUUGGGGUCCAGCAAUAAUUGGUCAUGCGGAUGAUCAGGUACUUACAGCCUUGGCUGAAACAAUGAAGAAAGGUACCAGCUUUGGUGCCCCUUGCCUUCUAGAGAACGAACUAGCAGGGAUGGUUAUUAAAGCAGUUCCAAGUAUAGAAAUGGUACGAUUUGUCAAUUCAGGCACAGAGGCUUGCAUGGGUGUGCUUCGCCUAGCCCGUGCUUUCACUGGAAAGGAGAAACUUAUCAAGUUUGAGGGUUGUUACCAUGGCCAUGCUGAUCCUUUCCUUGUCAAGGCCGGAAGCGGUGUUGCUACAUUAGGCCUGCCAGACUCACCUGGUGUCCCGAAAGCAGCAACCUAUGAAACUUUAACAGCCCCCUUCAAUGACUUAGCUGCGGUGCAAGAUCUUUUUGAGAAAAACAAAGGGGAGAUUGCAGCAAUAAUCCUAGAACCUGUUGUCGGAAAUUCUGGUUUUAUUGUACCUAAACCAGACUUUCUUGAUGCUAUCCGCAGGAUAACCAAAGAAAAUGAUGCGCUUCUAAUAUUUGAUGAAGUUAUGACUGGAUUCCGUUUGUCAUAUGGUGGAGCUCAGGAGUAUUUUGGCAUAACACCUGAUCUAUCAACACUUGGCAAGAUCAUUGGCGGUGGCCUACCAGUUGGUGCAUAUGGAGGCAGAAGGGAGAUUAUGGAAAUGGUUGCGCCCUCGGGACCAAUGUAUCAGGCUGGAACAUUAAGUGGGAAUCCAUUGGCAAUGACUGCUGGGAUACACACUUUAAAACGGUUGCAGGAGCCAGGAAGCUACGAGUACUUGGAUAAGAUAACAGGUGAACUUGUCCGAGGUAUUCUUGAUGCUGGCAAGAGGGCUGGGCAUGCUAUGUGCGGCGGGCAUAUACGUGGCAUGUUUGGCUUUUUCUUCACAGAAGGACCUGUUUAUAACUUUGAUGAUGCAAAGAAAAGCGACACCUCGAAAUUUGCCAGGUUUUACCAGCGAAUGCUAGAGGAGGGCGUAUACUUCGCUCCUUCACAAUUUGAGGCUGGGUUCACUAGCUUGGCACAUACUGCUGAAGAUAUCCAACACACAAUAACAGCAGCCGAGAAAGUUUUCCGGCAGAUCUAGAUUUUAAAUAUUUGCCCCUCAGGUCAUGGACCUAUUCCUUUUUAUCCCUUUCCAUUUCGUUUCACACUAUCACUUUUUUGAACACCUUAACCUUUAUAGGAAUGAAUCGGCAAUUUAAUUUAACCAGUUCAAUUCAGUGAGAGUGUAUUUAUUUUUGUCCUGGAUGUGGGAGCUUUUCUAUGGUUGUAAUUGUGUGUAUCAUUUGAUGAUAAUAUAACCUUUUUACGA